AUGGCGUCUUCAUCUUCCUCAGGAUCUUCCUCAUCGUCUUCUUCGCUCGCCAUCGCCGUGCUGAUUCUGAUCGUCACAACCGCUGAAUCGUUUAAAUCGCCGUUUCACCCUCGCGACUUGCUUCCGCAUUUGCCCAGGCAAGUCUCGUGGCCGCUUCUCAACUCCCUUUACGGCGCCGCCGAUCUGCUUCCCACUUUCAUCGGAACAGCGAGCCCAGGGAACGAUACCGUCGACUGGAAAGGGGCUUGCUUCUAUGAGAACAGCGCUUGGUUGGAGUUCCACAACAAGUCCGGUAGCGAGUUUGGUGGAGGCACGCUUCACAUCAAGGCGGAUAAGGCUCACAGUUGGACUUGCAUGGAUCUAUACGUCUUUGCAACACCAUAUCGAGUGACAUGGUCUUGGUACUUCAUUUCACGAGCGCACACUGUGGAGUUUUCAGCAUGGGAUGGGAAAGCCGAGUAUGAUUAUGUUAAGAACAAGGGAGUUUCGAUAUUCCUUAUGCACGCAGGGAUGUUGGGAACGCUUCAAGCGCUGUGGGAUGUUUUCCCACUCUUUACCAAUACAGGUUGGGGGGAGAGCUCUAAUCUUGCGUUUCUUGAGAAGCAUAUGGGAGCUACAUUCGAUGUUCGUCCUGAACCAUCGUGGGUCACAAACGUUACGACUGAUGAAAUCCAGUCUGGUGAUCUACUGGCUAUUUCGAAGAUCCGUGGACGGUGGGGUGGUUUCGAGACGCUUGAGAAAUGGGUGAGUGGUGCGUAUGCUGGUCAUUCCGCUGUUGCCUUAAGAGACACCGAAGGGAAGCUGUGGGUUGGUGAGUCCGGGAAUGAAAACGAAAAGGGAGAAGAUGUGAUAGCGAUUUUACCAUGGGAGGACUGGUGGACAUUUGAGCAGACCAAGGAUGACUCUAAUCCUCAGAUCGCGUUGCUACCUUUGCAUCCCGAUGUUCGUGCUAAGUUCAAUGUUACUGCUGCGUGGGAAUAUGCUCGGAGCAUGGAGGGUAAACCUUAUGGUUAUCACAACUUGAUAUUCAGCUGGAUUGAUACCGUUAGUGAUAACUACCCGCCUCCUCUAGAUGCUCAUCUUGUUGCCUCUUUCAUGACUGUUUGGAGCAAAAUGCAGCCUGAUUAUGCUGCUAACAUGUGGAAUGAAGCCUUGAACAAGCGACUCGGAACACAGGGUCUUGAUCUUUCUGAUGUACUGGUCGAAGUAGAGAAGCGUGGAUCAUCUUUUGACAAACUACUGGCAGUACCCGAACAAGACGAUUGGAUAUACAGCGAUGGUAAAUCAACCUCGUGCAUCGCUUUCAUACUCGAAAUGUACAAAGAAGCUGGCUUAUUCGGCUCAUCUGCUAAUUCUAUUCAAGUCACAGAAUUCACUAUCAAAGAUGCUUACAUGCUCAACUUCUUCGAGAACAAUGCAAGUCGUCUCCCUAAAUGGUGCAAUGACAACGACGAUGUGAAGCUUCCUUACUGUCAGAUUCUUGGUAAAUACAGAAUGGAGUUUCCUGGCUACAACACAAUGAAACCAUACUCGCAUAUGAACGAACAAUGUCCUUCUCUGCCUCCUAAAUACCACAGACCAGAGGACUGCUAG